AUGCUCUCCGUGAUCCCUCUUCACGACUGGCCGAAGCAUUUGGAAGUGCAGUCCAUUUGUGGCAAUACGCUGCCAACGCCAAUCGGUGCUUCUGAUGAAGCCCUCUUCCCGAAAUUGGCUUACAGCAAGAAACAGUCAUGUGCCUUGAAGCCGAAACAAGCUAUCGCAAAGGCAAUGAUUUCCCAACAGAAUAACCGUACGAUCAAUCAGUGCUGUUUCGCAGCGUUGACCAACAAAUUUUUUGCGUUUUUCUGA